CCCUGGUGUUCUAUCCCCUGGGUGUUCUAUCUCCUGUGUUCUAAUCACCCCUGGUGUUCUAUCCCCUGGUGUUCUAUCCCCUGGUGUUCUAUCCCCUGGUGUUACUAUCCCCCUGGUGUUAAUAUCCCCAGGUGUUUCUAUCCCCCCUGGUGUUCUAUCCCCCUGGUGUUCUACCCCCUGGUGUCUAAUCCCCUGGUGUUCUAUCCCCCUGGUGUUCUAUCCCCUUGGUGUUCUAUCCCUGGUGUUUCUAUCCCCUGGUGUUCUAUCCCCUGGUGUUCUAUCCCCCUGGUGUUCUAUCCCCUGGUGUUCUAUCCCCUGGUGUUCUAUCCCCUGGUGUUCUAUCCCCUGGUGUUCUAUCCCCUGGUGUUUCUAUCCCCUGGUGUUAUAUCCCCUGGUGUUCUACCCCCCUGGUGUUCUACCCCCUGGUGUUCUAUCCCCUGGUGUUCUAUCCCCUGGUGUUCUAUCCCUUGGUGUUCUAUCCCUGUGUUCUAUCCCCCGGUGUUCUAUCCCCCGGUGUUCUAUCCCCCGGUGUUCUAUCCCUUGGUGUUCUAUCCCUUGGUGUUCUAUCCCCUGGUGUUCUAUCCCCCUGGUGUUCUAUCCCCCUGGUGUUCUAUCCCCCUGGUGUUCUAUCCCCCUGGUGUUCUAUCCCCUGGUGUUCUAUCCCCCUGGUGUUCUAUCCCUUGGUGUUCUAUCCCUUGGUGUUCUAUCCCCCGGUGUUCUAUCCCCCGGUGUUCUAUCCCUUGGUGUUCUAUCCCUUGGUGUUCUAUCCCCUGGUGUUCUAUCCCCAGGUGUUCUAUCCCCUGGUGUUCUAUCCCCCUGGUGUUCUAUCCCCCCGGUGUUCUAUCCCCUGGUGUUCUAUCCCCAGGUGUUCUAUCCCCUGGUGUUCUAUCCCCCUGGUGUUCUAUCCCCUGGUGUUCUAUCCCCCUGGUGUUCUAUCCCCUGGUGUUCUAUCCCCCCUGGUGUUCUAUCCCCCUGGUGUUCUAUCCCCCGGUGUUCUAUCCCCUGGUGUUCUAUCCCCAGGUGUUCUAUCCCCUUGUGUUCUAUCCCCAGGUGUUCUAUCCCCAGGUGUUCUAUCCCCCGGUGUUCUAUCCCCCGGUGUUCUAUCCCCUGGUGUUCUAUCCCCUGGUGUUCUAUCCCCAGGUGUUCAAUCUCCUGGUGUUCUAUCCCCCGGUGUUCUAUCCCCCGGUGUUCUAUCCCCCGGUGUUCUAUUCCCCUGGUGUUCUAUCCCCUGGUGUUCUAUCCCCCUGGUGUUCUAUCCCCUGGUGUUCUAUCCCCUGGUGUUCUAUCCCCAGGUGUUCUAUCCCCUGGUGUUCUAGCCCCCCUGGUGUUCUAUCCCCCUGGUGUUCUAUCCCCCUGGUGUUCUAUCCCCCUGGUGUUCUAUCUCCUGGUGUUCUAUCCCCUGGUGUUCUAUCCCCUGGUGUUCUAUCCCCUGGUGUUCUAUCCCCCUGGUGUUCUAUCCCCCGGUGUUCUAUCCCCCGGUGUUCUAUCCCCCUGGUGUUCUAUCCCCUGGUGUUCUAUCCCCUGGUGUUCUAUCCCCUGGUGUUCUAUCCCCCUGGUGUUCUAUCCCCCGGUGUUCUAUCCCCCGGUGUUCUAUCCCCCUGGUGUUCUAUCCCCUGGUGUUCUAUCCCCUGGUGUUCUAUCCCCUGGUGUUCUAUCCCCU